GACAUGAAAACCAAGAAACAAGGUGGCAUAGGGAGGAGUCUCUCCUAAAGCAGCUCCAGCCUCUUUUUCUGAGCCUAGCACAGAUUUUUAUUCCUCAUACUCGCCUCUCAGCGCAGCUUCUUUCAGCUAAACGUGGAAUGAAUAUAGGCGACGUUUAGUAAUAUAUUAAUCAUAUAUUUCAUCUCGUUGUAGUAAUAGAAGACAGAAGAAAUAGCAGCAUGGGGGCUUAUGAGGAGAAGAAGGAAGCAUGUGGAACUGUCUGCCUGAAAUACCUCCUGUUUACUUUCAACUUUCUCUUUUGGCUGGCAGGAGGAGUUGUGAUGGCAGUGGGUGUUUGGACCUUGGUGGAAAAGAGCGACUACAUAAGCCUCCUCCCCUCCAAGACCUACGCUGCCUCUGCCUACAUACUGGUCCUGGCUGGAGCCAUUGUCAUGGUAACAGGCGUGCUGGGCUGCUGUGCCACUUUCAAGGAGCAGAGGAAGCUGCUGGGAGUGUACUUUGUGCUGCUUCUAUGUAUUUUCCUGUUGGAGAUCCUGGCUGGUGUCCUGGCCUACAUCUAUUAUCAGCAGCUGAAUGAUGAACUAAAGCAGAACCUGAAGGCCACUAUGACCAACAAGUACAGACAGAGCGAUGAAAACGAACACAUCACCAAGGCUGUUGACAAGCUGCAGCAAGAGUUCAAGUGCUGUGGGAGCAACAACUCAACCGACUGGGUGGAGAGCAAGUGGAUCCGCAGCGCAGAUUCAAAGGGCAGGAAGGUCCCUGACAGCUGCUGUAAGACUGAAAUUGAAUUAUGCGGUCAAAGGGAUCACCCCUCCAACAUCUACAAGGUGGAGGGCGGUUGCAUCAGCAAACUGGAGAAAUUCAUCCUGGAACAUCUGAAGAUUAUUGGAGCUGUCGGCAUUGGGAUUGCUUGUGUACAGAUUAUUGGAAUGGUGUUUACAUGCUGCCUAUACCGAAGUUUGAAGGCAGAGCCAUACUAAAAACAGCGUGGAUGAAGGAGGCAGCCUUAUUAGCCAUGUACUAUACUCAAAUAGCUCGUAGGUUCUUUCUUUAUUUUUUACACUGGAGAAUUUUAAAAAUGCAAGGGAUCUAAUUGCACAUCAGAGAAUCAUUUUAGGAAACAAAGGGUGGAAAAACACUACAAACCUUUUUUAUGCAAUUAGUGCACUCAGAUUGCAAUUUCAGUCUUGACUUCAAAAUCACAGCAUGGGGAGGAAGAGCCUCUGAAAGGAGCCAAUGGGAAUUUUAACACGGAUUGUUUAAAUUAGUUAGGAAUAGCCUCCUAGAGACUUGGGCAAUGUUGUUUUCUGCCACACUGAUUCCCAUAAAGUACUUUUAAUACACAUGGGGUGGCUAGUAUGCAGGAGAGUGGCGUAAAGAUCAGUAGAGUAAAACUGGUACUUUGUAUGAAGUGUUAAUCCUGAAUCUCAACAGCUUCUUUAUACCAGCAUCAUGGGCUAUAAUAAGCUCAAAUCUUUAAAUCUGACAACAUUUUGUGUCAGUAGUAAUGCAAAAGUUAUGCAUUUCAGAUUAGAGUGGCCUUUUAAAUAUUUAACAUUAUUGCAAAUCAUUUCAGGAUUUUACGUUUUGGUUUUACUCCCUGAAGUGUCUUUAUAAUAAAAAUAUGUUUUUAAAUCAACUUUAUUGCAUGUUAUUAGAGCGCUGCUGGAUUAGUUGGUGACCCUCACAGCUCAUGUGCUGUUGGACUGUUCGAAUGUUUAAAAGCUAAGUUAAAAUAAACGAUGUUGUGAUGCAUGCAAGAAUAAUAUUGUUUGUAAUAAAGGACCUAAUGUUUUUGAUUUUUGCCUCUUUUUAUAUAACUAUGCCAAAGUUAUAAACAACAAGAUUAAGCCAACUGUAUCAUAUCAGUGGUACUGAGGUUUCCUAUUUGAUUGUACUUCUGAAAUUAAUGAUGUGCUUACUUUUUUUUUUUACAGCUUGACUAGAAUUUUAUAUUUAACACACCUGUAGGAAAUUAUUUCCACACAUUUGGUAGUGAUCAUUUAAUGUGUGCCUUAAGCGUAGCACUGAACUAACCUACUGUGUUUCUGUUUCAUUGUAUGUUGUUCUUUGAAUAAACACUGUUCCAUGCUAUUA